AUGGCACGGCCGGUUAAGAGGCAAGCACAAGUAGUACAAGUAGCACAAGAUGACAUUAAGGAGGAACACCUUUUGGCUUUCAUUGUGAAGGACAAACAUGAUAAAGACGCUGAAUGCAAAAAAAGGCUCGAGGAAUAUUGUGAAGAGUUGAAGAAAGCAGAUGAGAAAUUCAGUGUGAAUGAGAAAGUUAAAGGACUUUGUGAUGAUAAAAAACGAGACGAAAAAUGCAAAGAACUGAAAGGCGAAGUUAAAAAAGAAUUGGACGCUUUUGAUGAUGAACUUGAAGGAGCAUCGGUAGAUGACAUACAAGAUGAAGAAGUUUGUAAAAAAUAUGAAGAAAAAUGUAUACUUUUAGAGGAAGCAGACCCAAAUAAUCUUAAGGAGAACUGUGUCAAGUUGAGGGAAGGAUGUUACGAAUUGAAGCGUAAAAAGGUGGCAGAGGAGCUUCUUUUCAGGGCGCUCGGAGGGGAUGCUAAAGAUGUGAAUAAAUGUAAAGGAAAGAUGAAUACUGUUUGCCCAGUGUUAAGCCGAGAAAGCGAUGAGCUGAUGUUUUUCUGCCUUAAUUCUGCUAAAACAUGUGGAGAUCUGAAAACAAAAUUGGAUGAAGUUUGCAAGCCUUUUAAAAAAGAAUUGGAUGAGAAUAGUUUAGAAAGAGAUUGUCAUAAAAGACUUGAGAAAUGUCAUUUUUAUGGAAAAGCGUGUGAUGAUUCAAAGUGUGAAGAGGAUAAGAAAAAAUGCGAGGCAAAAGGAGUCAUAUAUAAAGCACCAGAAUCCGAUUUUAGUCCGGUCAAGCCGAAGGCGUCGUUGUUGAGAAGUAUUGGGUUGGAUGAUGUCUAUAAAAACGCGGAAAAACAUGGGAUUAUUAUUGGAAAAGCAGGAGUGGAUUUACCAAGAAGGUUUGGUGAUGAUUUUCUGAAAGAUCUCUUGCUAGUGUUGAGCCAAGAUGAGGAUGAUAAGGAUACAGUAAAAAAGUGCACUAAAGCGUUAGAAAAAUGUGAUACUUCUAAGCAUUUGGAUGAUGAUUUGAAAAAGUUAUGCGAGAUUAAAGAUGAAAAUACUAAAAAGAAUAAAUGCAAAGAAUUACUAGAUGUAAAUGUAAAAGAAAGAUGUACACAUCUCAAAUUAAAUCUUCAUCUGAAAGAUUUGUCUACAGAAUAUAAAGAAGCUGAAGAAUCAAAACUUUUAUUCUGGGGACAGCUACCAACAUUAUUUACGAAGGGGGAGUGUACAGAACUUGAGUCGGAAUGUUUUUAUUUAAAAAAGGCGUGUAAAGAUAAUAAGAUUGAUCAUGCAUGUCAAAAUGCACGAGCAGCGUGCUAUAAAAAAGGACAAUAUAGGGUCUUGAAUACACUCUUUCGAGGGGAGUUGAAGGGAGAGCUUGGUAGUAUAAGAUAUUAUGAUGACGAUCCUAAAGAAUGCAAAAAAUCAGUGGUAGAAAGCUGUGCAAAACUUAAAGAUAAAAAAUAUCUUCCACAAUGUCUUUACCCUAAAGAGCUAUGUUAUCUGCUUUCAGAUGAUAUUUUUCUUCAAUCUAAAGAGUUAGGUGUACUUUUGGAUGAUCAGAGAGAUUUUCCAUUUGAAAAGGAUUGUCUUGAGUUGAAGGAGAAGUGUGAUGAACUUAAAAAUCAUACAUAUUUGAAUUCUGAAAAAUGUAUAACAUUGAAAAGACGCUGUGAAUACUUUAGAGUUUCAGAGAGAUUUAGAAGAGUAUUUUUAAAAAGAAAAGAUCAUGCAUUAUAUAAUGAGCAAAACUGUACGGAGGUGUUGCAAGAAAAAUGUAAUACUUUAUAUAGGAGGAGAAAGAAUUCAUUUAGUGUUUCAUGUGCUUUGCCAGGAGAAACAUGUGAAUAUAUGGUAGGCCGUACAAAAGGUGAAUGUAGAUAUUUAAAAGUCAAUAUGGAGAGUAAAGCAAUUGUACAAGAAAUUGAAAAAGCAAAUGGAAAUGAAACAGCACUUGAAGAACUCUGCACAACAUGGGGCCGACAUUGUCACCAACUUAUGGAGAAUUGUCCGGAGCAGUUGAAAAAAAAUGAUGAUAAGAAAGAUGAUAACUGUGAAAAACUCGAAGAAAAAUGCACUAAAACCUUUGAAAAGUUGAAAUUAGAGGAGGAGCUGAGUCAUCUGUUGAAAGGCAGUUUAAAGGAUGAUAAAUGUAAAGAAGCAUUAGGAAAGCGUUGCGCUGAGUUGAAAAAGAAUAAAACAUUCGAAGCUCUGCUUGGCAAUUGUGGAGAGAAUGAAAAGGGAAAUGUUUGCAAAAAAUUAGUUGAAAAAGUAGGGAAGAAAUGUCUUACUUUAAAAGCCGAUCUGGAGAAUGCGAAAAAAGAGUUGACAAAGAUGAAGAAUGAGUACGAUGAGCUCAAACAGGCGGCAGAAAAAUCUACAAAGGAAGCUAAGUUAUUGCUAUCAAAGUCUGGAAAAGCCGCAAUGCCAAGUGGACAGGAUAGCAAUGGCUCUGUACCAGCACCACCAGCAGAGCCAGCACCAGGACAGUCACCACCAGGGCCACCACCACCACCACCACAAAAUGGAACGCCAGACACACCAGAUGGAACAUCAGGCACACCAAGUGGAACACCAAGCACAACAGGUCAAACGAAGAAUAAUGCAAAACUUGGACUCGUUAAAAGAGCAUAUGUAGAUGGAGGAGUAUCAGAAGCAGAGGUAAAAGCAUUUGAUGCAACGACGGUAGCAUUGGAAUUGUAUUUGGAAUUGAAAGAGGAAUGCAAUGCUUUAGAACUAGAUUGCGGUUUUAAAGAGGAUUGUCCCGAUUCUAAACCAGCAUGUGGAGAAAUAGACAAGUUAUGCAAAGAAAUAGAACCAUUAAAAGUUACGCCUCAUCAUACAGAGAAAAUAACAGAAAUCUCAACCACUACCACGACCACUACUACAACCACUACCACAACUACUACCACGACUACUACGACAACAACUACGACAACCAAACCGGGAAGUGGAGGAAAAGUAACAGAAGAGUGUACAAUGAUACAGACGACAGAUACAUGGGUGACGAGUACGUCAUUGCAUACGAGUACGACAACGAGUACGUCAACGGUGACGUCGACAGUGACGUUGACGUCGAUGAGAAAGUGCAAACCUACCAAAUGUACCACCGAUUCAACCAAAGAGACAGAAGAAGGAGGAAAAGAAGAAGAAGAAGUAAAACCAAAUGAUGGGAUGAAAAUAAGAGUUCCUGAUAUGAUUAAAAUAAUGUUGUUGGGAGUGAUUGUUAUGGGGAUGAUGUAA